AUGGUCGUGAUACUCCGAAUGUUGGGCGCUGAUGAUUCUGUUUGCGAUGCAAGGGAAAGGGUCUCCAAUCAAGAAAUUCCAUCAGAAUUGGAAGAAUUUGACACGGACAACGAUGAACAAGGUAGUCUCCUACUCAAUACAGAAAGUACUGAAUUGUUGAGUGAUGAUGAUGUGUUUUCAGAGUCGGAUAAUGAUUCUGCUAGUUUAGAUGAAAUCUCUGAAGGGUAUGAAGAAAAUGAAGUUUCAAAUUUGGAUAAUUUCUCUGAGGAAUUAGAUGAAGAUUAUAGCGGUAUUGAUGAUGUUUGUGAUGAAUUCGUAUAUCCCUGUGAUAGUGAAUACUUGUCUGAGCCUGAGGGUACUGAUUACAUGAUAUUUGAUGAUCAUACUGUGUUUCAUGAUGAAAUGGAUGAACCUGUUGAUGAAAUCAAUCAUGUUUUGGCAUUCUGUGCUAGUUUGAGUGGCCUGUUGGAUGAUCCUACUUGUGACAUUGGUCAUUGGAAUGAAAAGGGUGAUAGUCAGGAAUCUGUUUACGAAGAUGUUAAUAAUGAACUGUUAUCAGUUAAGGACUUCGGUGGUAAGAUGAUUUCAGAUGUUUCCUCAGUGCCUGUGAUUGAUUUUUCGGUUGAGUUCCCAAAUGUUAUUGGUGGGAUGCCUGAUGGCAGUGAGAGAACGGGUGGAAGUACUAUGAAUAGCAUACUUAGUGCUGAAUGGAGAAACUCGGUUAGGUCAUGGGAUAAACUUGUUACAUGUUUCAGUGGAGGAACUGUCUCAUCUGUUAAACGAAGUCUUCAAUCCUGGCAUGAACUAGUGUCUGGUUUUAAAGGUGGCACCGCUGUUUAUGAAAGUAGUGUUAGAGUUAAAAUGCCAGUUGAUGAAAGGGACUCUGUUUGGAUGAUUGCUUGGCAAUUGGCGCAGCUUGGCUACCUUAGUGUUUCGUGCAGGGAUGUUGGCUGUAUUGAUCAAACAUUUCGCUUAGCCAAAGUGGUUCUGUGUGUUUGA